UGCCGUCUUUGUUGCCCGCGGAGCCGGGUGCGCCCGCUGCAGCCAUGCCCAGCGCCGCGCCCCUGCUCCUGCUGCUCUGCGUGCCCGGCGCCCUCGGAUCCGCUCCAGCGCACCUGGAGGCCUGGAAGCCUCUGGACAUCGUGCACCCUGUGCGUGUGGAUGCGAGAGGCUCAUUUCUGUCCUUCGAGCUGUGGCCACGUGCACUGAAUAGGCGGGAGGAGUCGGCGAGGCCCCGCAUCUCGCCCACCUUCUACGAGCUGCAGUUCCAAGGGCGUGCUCUUCGCUUCAACCUCUCCGCCAACACGCGGCUGCUGGCGCCCGGCUUCCUAGUGGAGACUCGCAGGCGCGGAGGCCUGGGCCAAGUGGUCCUGCACCCAGGUGCAUACCCACCUGCUUGCCACCUGCUGGGUCAAGUGCAGAGUCACGUGCAGCGCCCCGCGCAGGGCCCAGCAUCCCAGCCGGGCAGCGCCGCCAUCAGCGCCUGUGAUGGGCUGAAAGGCGUGUUCCAGCUGUCCAACGAGGACUACUUCAUCGAGCCCCUGCGCGGGGUCCCUGCCCAGCCUGGCCAAGCCCAGCCUCACGUGCUGUACCAGCAUGAAGCCCCAGAUGGACAAGGAAACUCCAGCUCUUCAGCCACCUGUUGGGUGCAAGAGUCCCCAGAUGCGGAGCCUCAGCGGGAGCGUUGGCAACAGCGGCACCGGCGGCACCAGCGGCAGCAGCUGAGGCGCCGGCACCUGCGCUCAGUCAGCAAAGAGAAGUGGGUGGAGACGCUGGUGGUUGCCGACACCAAAAUGGUGGAGUUCCACGGGCACCCCCACGUGGAGAGCUACGUGCUGACAGUCAUGAACAUGGUGGCCGGCCUGUACCACGACCCCAGCAUCGGGAACCCCAUUCACAUCACCAUCGUGCGCCUGAUCCUGCUGGAAGACGAGGAGGAGGACCUGAAGAUCACACACCACGCAGACAACACCCUUUGGAGCUUCUGCAAGUGGCAGAAGAUGAUCAACCCGAAGGGGGACUCGCACCCACUGCACCACGACAUGGCCAUCCUGCUCACCAGGAAGGACCUGUGUGCGGCCAGGAACCAGCCCUGUGAGACGCUAGGCAUGUCGCAUGUGGCAGGCAUGUGCCAGCCCCACCGCAGCUGCAGCAUCUGCGAAGACACGGGUCUUCCCCUGGCCUUCACUGUGGCCCACGAGCUUGGACACAGCUUUGGUGUCCAACACGAUGGCCUUGGCAACCCAUGUCUGUCCCAGGGAAAGAGUCCUUUCAUCAUGUCUCCGCAGCUCCUGUACAGCACAACGCCCCUCACCUGGUCCCCCUGCAGCCGCCAGUAUAUCACCAGGUUCCUCGACCGGGGCUGGGGUAUGUGCCUGGACGACCCACCAUCCAAGGACGCCAUCGACUUCCCUUCUGUACCUCCUGGCAUUCUCUAUGACGUAGGCCACCAGUGCCGUCUGCAGUAUGGGGGCAACUCUGUCUUCUGCCAGGACAUGGAUAAUGUCUGCCACACGCUCUGGUGCUCAGUAGGGACUACCUGCCACUCCAAACUGGACGCCGCAGUGGACGGCACCCGAUGUGGCGAUAACAAGUGGUGUCUGAAUGGGGAAUGUGUGCCUGUGGGCUUCCGACCCGAGGCCGUGGAUGGGCACUGGUCAGCGUGGACCUCCUGGUCUGAGUGCACACGGAGCUGCGGUGUGGGCGUGCAGAGCACGGAGAGGCAGUGCACGCAGCCCGCGCCCAGGUACAAAGGCAAGUACUGCGUGGGUGAAAGGAAACGCUUCCGGCUCUGCAACCUUCAGAGUUGCCCCCCUGGCCACCCCUCCUUCCGUCAGCUGCAGUGCAGCAAAUUUGACACGAAGUGGAUGGAGAACAGGCAGCACACGUGGGUGCCCGUGCCCAACGAUGUGAACCCCUGUGAGCUGUACUGCCAGUCCACCAACGAGCACUUUGUGGAGAAGCUGCUGGACGCCGUGGUCGAUGGCACCCCCUGCUAUCAGAACCGGCCCAGCCGUGACGUGUGCAUCAACGGGAUCUGCAAGAAUGUGGGCUGUGACUUUAUCAUCGACUCGGGAGCCGUGGAGGAUCGCUGCGGUGUGUGUAAAGGCGAUGGCUCCACCUGCCUCACCGUGAGCACAACCUUUGAGGAGGCUGAGGGCUCAGGCUAUGUGGACAUGGAAAUGAUCCCGGUUGGUGCCCGUGACAUCCACAUUGUGGAGGUGGCCUCAUCAACCAACUUCCUGGCCCUGAGGGGCGAAGACCCGGACAAGUACUUCCUCAACGGGAACUGGACCAUUCAGUGGGAUGGGGACUAUGAGGUGGCCGGCACCAUCUUCACCUACUCUCGCUACGGCGAUCUGGAGAACCUCACGUCCCCAGGCCCCACCCGGGAGCCCUUGUGGAUCCAGCUCCUGUUCCAGACGAGCAACCCAGGGGUGCACAUCCAGUACAUCGCUCCACUGGGCAUGGUGACCCGUGGCCAGGGGCAUUUGCCCAAGUUCUCCUGGAGCUUUGGGCCCUGGACCCAGUGCUCGGUGUCCUGUGGCUCAGGCAUGCAGAGGCAGAAUGUGCAUUGCAUGGAGCAGCACACAGGGCUGGUGGAUGAGCGGCACUGUGACCCCCUGGAGCGGCCUGAAGACCAGCAGAGGCCCUGCAAUGAGGAGCCCUGCCCGGCCCGGUGGUGGACUGGCGAGUGGCGUCCUUGCACGCACUCCUGCGGGCCAAGUGGCCUGGCAGUGCGCUCCGUGCUCUGCAUCCGUAGCGUCAGUCUGGACGAACAGAGUGCCCUAAAGCCAGCUGACUGCGGGCACCUGGUCCCACCGGCCUCCGAGAUCCCCUGCAACCGCCACGUGCCCUGCCCACAUACCUGGGUAGUGGGGGACUGGUCCCAGUGCUCUGUGACGUGUGGGGUGGGCAUCCAGCGCCGGAUGGUCGAAUGCAGCCAUGGUGAUUCCUGUGACGAGGCCCAGCGGCCAGCCAGUGAAAAUCCUUGCUCCCAGCGACCCUGUGAGGGCCCCGACGGCUCGGGCAGUGGCUUUUCCAGCCAUGAGAACUUAAACGAGGUGGACAUAGUCCCCGGCCGCCGGGCCCCCAGCCCUCCGACCCCCGUGCCUGCCAGCAUGAGCAACGCCAUCGAGGACCCGUUUCUGGAACCAGUGGUCGUGGACGACUUCUACUAUGACUACAACUUCAUCACCUUCCAUGAGAAUCUGGAAGCGGGGCCCUACCCACAGCAGGGCUCUGACCAGAGGGACAUCUGGGGCUGGAUAUCACCAACAGACAUCCCUACACCGGCUGCAGAGUCUCUGCCUGACUGGUCCCCUACCCCCAGCCAGGCUGACCACAGCCCCUCACUUCCCUUUGAGCAGACCCUGAGGGACCCUGAGGACAACCUCUCAUCUGAGGCUUCGGACCCCAGGGUUCCCCAAUCGGCCUGGCCACUGGCUCCCGGGGACAACACGGAGUCACCUGCUGUCCCUGGGAGUGAGGACGGGUCAAAUUGGCUGAGUCCCCCAGGGUGGGAAAGCAGCGAGGAGCCCACUGUUCGCCGAGUGCAGCCCCUGCUGCCCGAUGCCAGCAUACAGCAGCUGUGGACGAUCCGGCCUGGGGACCCUGAGCUGUGGCCUGCCGCCACAGAGCCCAGGGGCUGGGAGGUGCCCACCCUCUCCCCUACUGGGCCCUCCCUAGUGGGGGCCAGGACCUUUCUCCUGACAGCCCCCACAGGCCCGGGGCAUGCCCUCCCCAGCACCAAGCCUCCCCCAAGUGCCCCCCAGCACAGACCUGCCAACAGUAGCCAAGCCCCUGAUGCUCACCUGGAUGUCAGUCUGAAUGGGGAGGGCCCCCCCAGCCUCGUGCCACCUGCCAGGAAUGCCAGCUGGGAAGUCGGGGACUGGAGUGAGUGCUCCACCACCUGCGGCCUGGGUGCAGUCUGGAGGCCCGUGUACUGCAGCUCAGGCCGGGAUGAGGACUGUGCCCCCGAUGGCCGGCCCCAGCCAGCCCGCCGCUGCCACCUACGACCCUGUGCCACGUGGCGUACAGGCAACUGGAGCAAGUGCUCCCGCAGCUGUGGUGGUGGAGUCUCCGUGCGGGAUGUACAGUGUGUGGACGCCUGGGACCUCCGGCCCCUGCGGCCUUUCCACUGCCAGCUGGGGCCUGUGCAGCCACCCACCCGGCAGCCCUGUGGAACCCGGCCCUGUCUCAGCUGGUCCACCUCGUCCUGGAGGGAGUGUUCCGAGGCCUGUGGUGGGGGCCAGCAGCAGCGCCUGGUGACCUGCCCGGAGCCCGGCCUCUGUGAUGACGAGAUGAGACCCAACAGCUCACAGCCCUGCAACACACAGCCCUGCACCCAGUGGGCGGUGGGGCCCUGGGGCCAGUGCUCAGCCCUCUGCGGUGGCGGUGUCCAGCGGCGCCUGGUCAGCUGUGUCAACAUGCAGACGGGGCUUCCCGAGGAGGACAGUGACCAGUGCAGCCAUGAGGCCUGGCCCGAGAGCUCGCGGCCAUGUGGCACCCAGGACUGCAUACCCCUUGUGCCGCUCAACUGUGAGUGGGACCGCUUGAUCUUCAGCGCCUGUGAGACGCUACGGCUGCUCGGCCGCUGCCAGCUGCCCACCGUGCGCACCCAGUGCUGCCGCACCUGCCGCCUGGACGACUUCAGCGACCUGGCCCGCGGCCACCAGCGGGCUGCCCGUCGCUGACCGCCACUUGGCUCCAGACCAGCCAGACCUCAGCCCCCUCCCCAGCCAUGGGGGCCCUCACCUGAUGGUGCUGACCUGGGCCCCUCCCCCAGAAAAGGUAUAUAUAUAUUUUUUCUAUUUUCAUGUUCUCAUCCAUAAAGGCCUCCACGCCUCCAAGCAAUUCCACUUUCUGGGUGGGGGACUCUGCUCAGA